UGUGGUGGCCUUCACGGGAAAGGAACAAGAGGAAGAAGCAGAAACAAUCGCAGUAGUUCCUGUUAAAUGGAUUGACAAGCCUGAUGAUGAGAUUACUGAUAUAUUCUGGCCUUUAAAAAACUAGCCUGAAAAAGGAUCGAGACUUGUACACUUAAAGAAAGCUGUAAAAAGUUGUAUUGAGCCUGACAUUCAUUGGCCUCUUCAUAAAGGAUCAGUUCUUCACUUAUAUCGUAAGUAUGAUGAUGCAGUUAAAGGUUUGAAAAGAGCUGAGGAUGACACAUCACUUGAAACGGAGGCAGAUGACGCUCCACGAAGGAGGAAGCUACCAAGCCGAUAUAUAGACUCUGAUGAUGACAAUGAAAAUAAGGAAAACAAUAUGCUAUCUCGAAAAGAAAAAGGUCCUCGCAAAAGGAAAGUUAGAAAACUUAGCGAAAGUGAUGAUGAGAGCGGCAGCAAAACUUUGCCUCAGGUGAACUCUGAUGUUUUGAAUGCAGUUAAAGAAAAUAGUAUCCAUGUGCAUCAAGUACAAGAUAAAGAGAGGGAGAAAAUGCCCAGAAGACAACCUCUCGAGAAAAAUAUCGAGUUCAGACUCCUUCAGAAGUUCGAAGACAAUUCCAGCCAAGGCAAAGAGCGAAAGCAAAGACAACUGGCAAAAGGUUCGUGAUAGCCAAUCUCAAAGUAUUAUCUGCAAGAGGAACGAGAAAUGGCGGAAAAUAGAUUAUACUAAGCGGAAGAAGUGUUGUGUCAGUAACAGUGCCAAGCAAAAACUAUGCAACAACAUUUUUGAAUAGUGAGGUUUCUUCAAUUCUUUCUUCUAUCGAGAACAAAAUAACAAGAAGCAAAAUCUCUGAGGUUCUUAAUACUUCCCUUCUUAACUCUUUAAUAUCUACACCUGAUUUUAUAUCAAGUGAAAAUGCUCCUCAAGACACUCAAUUUUCAUUUCCACUCUCAAUGAACAAUCCUGAUAAGGAAUCUUCAUGUUCGUCUCAAAAUUCGUCACAUUCGUUGGUACAGACUAUCACUUCUAGUGCAAGUUUUGAAGGACGUUUUUCAUCACCGAAUUCAGUGGCUGAUCAAAAUAAAACUCAUUCAAUUUUUGACAAAGUAGGUGAGGAAGAAACAAAGUUACAAGAGGAGCCUCGUUAUUUUUGUGAUUUUGAAUGCAAACAUUGUGACAGUGAAAUUAAGCUGAGCAGCACAAUACUUCUGGAAAUUAGCAAAAAGUUGGAUUUAGUGUUGAUUAAUCAGGUAAUUAUUGUUCGGUCUGUCAACCCAGAUCAUGCUAAAUCCAUAAUACCUUGUAAUUUUCCACCUAUUUCACUGAAGACAAAGAAGGACUUUCAAAAGAUGGAAAUGUUUUUAGCAGCUAAUCGUAUUAAUUAUGAAGCUAUGCGAGAUCUACUUCAUUCUGAAUGUGCCAGUGCUUUUGGCACAUCAUCUAUUCCCUCAGAACGCAGUGUCACAGGGAACAUUUUAUCCAAGUUGAUCUCAAAUAAUCUUGCCAAACUGAUAAGUUGGAGUGGGUCAGAAGGCGAUAAGAUAAAGUUUUCUGAUACAAAACUAUGUGAGGUUGUAUUUGGUACAGUUAAACUACGAUUUCCUAAUAGCUUCCUUACUGACGCUGAAGCCAAGAUCAAACGUUGGUUCCAAACUGCUAAUGGAAGGGAAGUUAAUGAGUCACAUAAUUCUGAUACCUAAAAUAUAUUAUUAUCGUUUUUCAUUACUUGUAUUUUGAUUGGAGAGUUACUGAUGUUAGCUUUGUUUGUAUAGUUUUAAUUAUUCUUGGCAGAAUUAAGCAGCGUAGUGAAAGCCUCUCAUGAUUUGUUAUACGUACAACAUCUAAUUUUUAUCACAAGACUUAUGAAUUUUUGUUACAUAUGUCUGAUAUUUUCCCAAUGUGGAAAUAGUAUCUCAUUAAGCAAUACCAAAUAUGUUUUAUUAAUGUUUUUAGUUUAUUUGUUUAUUUGUUAUGUUAACUAAAUUUAUUCGUUAACUAAGUUACUUUAUGUUUAUCUUGCUAGCUUAAUCGUGGAGUUCGGUUCUUACUUUUUAUUUCUUUUAUGCUCUUAAACUUAGCAUAUGAAAUGUCUUUCAAUACUUGUUUUAAUUGUAGGUUGUAGCAUUACUUUCAUGAUGAGACUUUAUGACUUUUAGUUACAUAACUGAUAGUGCCAGUCUGAGAAUAGUAUGGUACUUAAACAGCAAUAAAUAUAUUUUAUUUUAGUCUUUAGUUAAUUUGCAUCAUAUAUAAUACAAGCUUUUGUGAUGUUUUCUUUCAUGACUGACUUAAUGAAAAUCUAAUAUAGUAGUGCUUAUAUAAAAAAAUAUUGAAGCAUUAAUCAAGCAUUUGUGAUUAUUUAUUGUAUUUUUUUAUUUAAAGGCUGUAUGAUUAUAUAGUUUCAUAU